AUGUUUCUAGCCGUCCUAGCGCUCUUGGUCGCCGCUAUUUCGCCAUGGGCGAUUUUCAAAAUGGGCAACUCAAUUGCUGGAGAGAGUCCCGUCUUGUUUGACAACUUGGUGGUCAGGAUUCCAGUGACAGUCAACUUCGAAAAGCAACGGUUUGAUUUGCCGGAUCUUAUUGAGUCGACACAGAUACAGAUCGAUAGAGAGAUAAAACACUUGACAAGCGGGUUGCUUCAAGUCAAUUUGGUGGACAAUUUGAGUGGUCUUGGCGACAGAGGGGACUACAAUUUGGAUUUGGUCCUUGACAGGGACAACUCGCUCGGCGUCUCCUCCACAUCCCUUCAAGCUGCCGUGUUUUACUCCACGGAAUCCAUAUACUCCAACGACUUGCCAUUCUUGAUGACGCAGACCAUACUUCACCAUUUUUUGUUUGCAGAAAUUGAGCUAUUGAACAGGCCCGAAACCGCUAGCUUCCCCGAAAAGCUUGCGGUACAAAUCGGCUUUGGGAACGGCAUCUCGAACGAGACACGUAGCCAGGUUGUUGGUGUAAUUGAGGAGGUGGCGGAACAAGUCAGGCCGUUUUCAGCAAUCGAGUUGGAGAUGACAACUAGCCUGGAACUUUUGAAAGAAGAAGAAAAAGAAGAAAAAGAAGAAAAAGAAGUUGUGAUUAACUUCCCAGAUAAGUUUACCAAGAGAAUCAAAAGCGAGGAUAAUGUCGCGCACAAGAUCCAGACAGCUUUGGAAACCCAGCUAAAGCUUCCCGACAGGCCCCAGAAUAACUUGCGCAUCAGGGUACUCGCCGCCAUGCGGAGACAAGCAAGACUCAACUUGAAGCGUUUGACGGAGAAGGCGCAGAUACCAAACACAACCACCUCGACACAAACGAGAGACAUUCGGCUUUUGGUUGGACGCUUCAACGAGGGCCAGAUCUCGGAUCUACCAUCGUUGCUAAACGAGACCAACUAUCUCUUGCAGGAAAUUCUGAAUGGAGAGAGACGGGUUGAGAAAUAG